ACGAAAAUAAGACAAUAGUUCAAUAAUCAAUCAAGUCUCAAACAAAAACAAAAAAAACUCCCAUCAACUAGCUAUAGCUAGCCAGUUUAAACCACUUAAAUUGAACUAACCAUUCGCAUUGUUUUAUACCAAUCUUCAAACAAUUUGUUCUAUCAGAUUAGCUUCCUUUUCUUGCGACACAAGCUUCAGUCAGAUUCUUGCUGUAAUGGAGAAAACUGAAGCUCUCGAAGAUCAACCCCAGCCAAGAGACACUUAUAAACUAGCUUACAUAAUCCAUUUUUUGCUCGGUGCUGGUAAUUUGCUUCCAUGGAAUGCUUUUAUUACUGCCGUUGAUUACUUCGGUCAUCUCUAUCCUAACAAACACAUCGAAAAGGUGUUCUCCGUAGCUUACAUGAGCUCUUCAGUUUUAGUUCUGAUUAUGGUGAUGAGUAGAGGUGGAUGGAGCAAGAAGGUGACGUAUAGAUUGAGGAUGAACUUGGGAUUUUUCUUGUUUGUUCUUGCUUUGAUGGUGGCUCCGGUAAUCGACUGGUUAGGAAGACCGAAAGGCGGUUAUGGUGUGACGGUUGCGUCCGUUGUGAUUUGUGGCUUGGCUGAUGGUUUGAUUGCUGCAAGUUUGAUUGGAUCAGCUGGAAAACUUCCUAAAGAGUAUAUGCAGGCUGUGUUUGCUGGGACUGCCUCUUCAGGUGUUCUUGUCUCCAUCUUGAGAAUUAUAACAAAAGCAUCACUCCCUCAAACUCCACAAGGUGUCAAAACAAGCGCACAUUUUUAUUUUAUAGUCAGCACAAUUAUUAUGCUUUUCUGCACUCUUUCUUGCAAUCUCCUAUACAAAUUACCAGUUAUGGAGCAUCAUUUCAAGCUUCUACAACAACCCAACAAUCACUCUCAAAUUCCAAACCCAAAAUUUUGGUCCGUAGCAAGAAAAAUCCGAUGGCACCUUUUCGGAAUCCUGAUAAUUUAUCUGGUGACUCUGUCGAUUUUUCCCGGAUUCAUAGCGGAAAGUCUUGCAUCAAAGUCGCUACGAGAUUGGUAUCCAGUUCUGCUGAUAACAGUUUAUAAUGUUUCGGAUUUCAUGGGAAAGUCUUUUACUGCGAUAUAUGUUAUGAAGAGUAUUAAGAAGGUGACAUGGGGUUGUGUUCUUAGGUUGCUGUUCUAUCCUCUGUUUGCAGCUUGUCUGAAGGGACCUAAAUGGCUAAAAACGGAAGCGCCGGUGGUGGUUCUGACGUUCAUGCUCGGUUUGAGUAAUGGGUAUCUGACAAGUGUGAUUAUGAUUGUUGGUCCUAAGUCGGUUUUAAAUUCGGAAGCAGAGUUAUCUGCUAUUGUACUAGUUGUGUUCUUAGGAUUUGGGUUGGUUAGUGGGUCUGUUCUCGGCUGGUUUUGGGUUGUAUAAACCAUCUUGGUCAGCACCCCGAGUCAUCUGGCUUGUUGAAAUUGAUUAGAAACGACUAAAAUUUCUAGUUAGAAAUUUAAUAACAAUGUUAGCUCGAAUCCCUUCCUGGUUAAGAACAGAGAACUUGAAAAUUUCUGUUGCAUUAUAGCUUAAAUCCACCCAUUUGCA